AUUUCGUAUCGCUAUCAAUAGGUCACAUAGGGUAUAAACGUAUUGAUAGCGUCCAAGUUGAACGGUCCAACGUACAAAAUUCUUGUACCAAUGUCGACCAAUAUGUUUGUAUACUGGAUGGUCAUUACCUUGUAUGCAAUUGAGUGCAGCAAAGCUUUAAAUCCAACAGAAGUAAACGUCUGCAGCAGGAACGAAAGCUACACAGUUAACGUUGAAAAAACACGGAAGAUUCGCGUGAGGGAAAAAUACAAAGUCUUUUGUUGGUCUUGGACUCGAUGCACUAAAUAUAAAUGGGUUGAGAAAGAACAGUUAUACACUGUACAAGAAAGAAGGACGAGAAUAGUUCAUGAAUGUUGUACGGGUUGGAGAAAACAAGGAAACGGUUGUCCAAUUGGUAGGCAUGUCGUGAAACACAUAAAAACAUUCAAAAUUUUAAUUGAUUUUGAGGCAGUUCAAUAUAGCUACAUUUUCUUAGCAAUUUGUGACACAUACGGAUGCCAACAUGGACGUUGCACUCGGCCAAACAAAUGUGAAUGUUAUAAAGGUUUUUAUGGACCAGCAUGCACAAGAGCGUGUCCUUCUCAUAAAUAUGGCGAACAUUGCCGACAUGACUGCAAAUGUAAAAAUAACGCAAUCUGCGAUUCAAAACACGGUACAUGCAAUUGUACUGAGGGAUGGUCAGGGUUGAUUUGCCACGGCGUGUCAACCAGGGACAUUUGGAAGAAAUUGUACCUUACAUGUCAAUGUGUCGUCAACAAUACGAAGAACGUUUGUGAUAAGAAAAAUGGUCAAUGUCGUUGUAAAGCAGGAUAUAAAGGUAUAAGAUGUGAAGAGAAAUGCGAAAGUGGUUUCUAUGGAGAUGGUUGUCAUGCUAAGUGUCAAUGUCAGAAUAAUGGAAAUUGUAGUCAUAUUGAUGGAAGUUGUACAUGUCCCCAUGGAUGGACGGGAAUUAUUUGCACGGAAAAAUGUCCGCAAGGGUAUUAUGGUAGAGAAUGUACUUUAAAAUGUAACUGCACAAACUCACCAUGUCACCAUAUUUCUGGGAAAUGUCGUUGCUUGGAUGGUUAUAUCGGCAAGAGAUGUGAAUACCCAUGCUCAAACAAUACGUUUGGUCAUAAAUGUAAGAGGCAAUGUGAAUGUAUCAAUAACAGCACAUGCGCAGUAGACACGGGGGAAUGUAACUGCUCGAGAGGAUUUAUUGGUGUACAUUGUGAGCAAACGUGUCCAUCAGGAUCAUCUGGGAAUGAUUGUAAAAAGAAAUGCAACUGUACAAUUGGUCAGGGAAGAUGUAACCCAUUCACGGGUAAUUGCAGAUGUUAUCCAGGGUACAAUGGUAGUCAUUGCGAGGAUAAAUGUCCUGAGGGAAAAUACGGCCCUGGAUGCAAAGGAUUGUGUCGUUGUCGAAAUAAUGCUACGUGUAGUAUAAAUGACGGAUCAUGUGACUGCAAGGAUGGAUGGAUAGGAGUCACGUGUUCCAAUCCAUGUCCAACAGGAACUUACGGUAAAAACUGCAUGAAAAAAUGUGAAUGUAAAAACGGUGCAGAUUGUCACCGUAUUAAUGGCCGCUGUACGUGUCAAGGAGAAUGGAAAGGAAAACAUUGUGAUAAAAAAUGCCCACAGUGGAAGUAUGGUGAAAUGUGUAAGAAAAAUUGUACAUGUGUUCGGAAUAAUUCCCUCAGUUGUCAUGGUGGAAGCGGUCAGUGUCGAUGUAAAGAUAAAUAUAUUGGCAGGAAUUGCAAUGAUUCACAAGUCUGUGAGAAAGGUUUUUAUGGCAAAACAUGCAAAACAUGUCCUUGCAAUGGAAGAGGAUCCUGCGAUAUCGACCAAGGUACCAUAAAGUGUUUCUGUGAUGAUGGAUAUGAAGGGGACAAAUGUGAAUAUAAUUGCAUUUCAGGAAAGUAUGGUUCUAGAUGUCAACAGCAAUGUCUGUGUCGUAAAAACGCACAGUGUGAUCACGUGAACGGUUCAUGCAACUGCCUCCAGUCUCCUGGUUGGACAGGAAGAUUUUGUGACCAAGGAUGUCCGUCACAAAUGUUUGGUACAAACUGCCAACAGAAAUGUCAAUGCAAGAAAAAUGCAACGUGUGAUCACGUGAAUGGCGUAUGUAACUGUCAAGCCGGGUGGAGAGGGACAACUUGUAAUAAACAAUGUACACGAAACAAGUAUGGCAGAAACUGUGAGUUAGAUUGUCAAUGUCAUGUGACCAACACGUUAUCAUGUGACCCAGUCUCGGGUAAAUGCAACUGUAAAGCUGGUUGGACUGGAGACUAUUGCUUUGAAGAAUGUUAUCAUUUCUUCUAUGGUCAAAACUGCAUCCAAGAAUGUCGUUGUAAGAAAGAGACAACAUCCUGGUGUCAUCCUGUUACAGGAAAAUGUCUUUGCUUUCCGGGAUGGCAAGGUCCACGAUGUGACAAAGUGUGUGAACAAGGCAAGUUUGGUGACAGAUGCAGGUUAACGUGUAAUUGUAGCAAACCACUCUUUAAGAAAGACGUCUGUCAUCAUGUGAACGGCACGUGUUUCUGUACAGAUGGUCAAUCUGGCAAAUACUGUAAUCUAACUUACCUGCAAACAGGCGCUCAGCGAGGUACCUAUCAAAAUCCUGCGACAGUGAUUGGUCCAAUGGCAGCUAUUCUUGUCACAUUGAUCAUAACAGUCUCCAUAAUGGUAGUUUAUAUGAGAAGAAAGCACUUGCGCAAAAAAGCUAAAUUUUCGAUGAAUGAAAACAUACCAGAUACUGAAGUCAUGGUUAAUCCCAUAUUUGAUGAUGGAGUGGAGGUAUUAAGUCACGUGAUGAAAUCAGACAAUUCGUACGAUAAUAUUGCUUAUGAAUCGUCAACGACCCAUGAAGAUUCUACUGGGGAAAAUGAUAGCUGUGUUGAUGACAAUAAAGUGAUUUGUUCACCCACAAAAACAGAGGCGCAGACAAAUUGUCCAGAUGCUAACAAAGACACAAUGAUAAAUCCUAUCUAUGAUUUUGGUUAUAAGUGACAAAACUUGCUAAAGAAUACAAAUUCUCGCAAUACACGUAAAUAUAUUAAUGAUAUUUUGCUUUUGAUUUCACGCACGAUAGUCAAAUAAAAUAAGAGUAACGCGCUAAAAAUAUAAUUUUAGUUUUCAUUCGGUAAAAGAAUAUUUACCUUAAGUGAA